AUGCGUCGUCCAAUACUUGUUUACAUACAUAAUGACGAUAGUCAAGUUUGUAAUACAUUUUGUAAAACAGUAUUCUGUUCAUCAACGAUUAUCGAUUAUUUACUUGACAAUUAUAUUGUUUGGCCUUGGGAUAUAACGUUUCAAUCAAAUAAAAAUACAUUGAUGAAAAUUUGGGAAGAAGUGUUUUCUAUUGAAUUUUUGAGUGAUUUUUUCACUGAAGAAUGGCCUUUAAUGAUUGGAAUUAUGCGACGAUUUGAAUAUAAAACAGAUAGAUUAAUAACAUCCGAUUAUCAAUUCCAACCAUUGCUUAAAAGUGAUAAUUUAAUGGGCAAACAAAAAUCAGAAGUCUCUGAAAUAGUUUUAAACAAAUUGCGUCUUUUCAAGAAGCAAUUUGAUGAAAAUGAACAAGUUCUUUCAUUUAAUUUCGUUGAAUCUAAUGGUCUUUCUUGGGAAGUCAUCCUUGAGACAGCCAAAUAUCUUUCAUUAAAUGAUGCAAUCUCUGCGUUCUCUACUAAUAUUCUUUCUUUAUUACAACAUCAUUCAAUGAAAUUUCAAUUAUCUAAUCCUGAUAUUCCAUUUAUUCAAAUGAUUCUUCGAAAAGUCAAACCUGAACAAAUUGUUUCUUUACAACUGGAUGGAUUUCGAUUGUGGUCGAGGAUCGAAUUAACUUUUUUAUCUACCUUUACAAACAUCAUUUCAAUGACUCUUCUCAAUUUACCAUAUGAUAAAGAAAUCAAUAAAUAUGAAAAAUACUUUCCAAAUUUGACUUGCCUUUCUCUGUGCUAUGAUAAUGAAAUUAAUCUUGAUACAUUUAGUAGUAUUUUUAAUCAAUUUUGGGAUCGAAUCAAACGAUUUGAAAUUCGUUGUGCAGGUGUACUUUGCACUCAUUAUACCACAUAUCGAUCAAACAAAUCCUACCACGUAAAUUCGACUGUGAAAUAUUUUCUAUUUGAUGUUGGUCAAUUUCCAUUGAUUUCAAUGAGUAAUUAUUAUGAAUGUAAUAGAUUAUGUUGUUUGAAAUCAAUAAUUAUUCUUAUCAAACAAAUGGCGAACAUUCGAUGUGUUCAUUUUAUUAUCAAUAAAUACGAUAUUGAAGCAUUCAUGGAUAUACAUGAAUGGGAAAUUCUCGUACAGGCAUGUUCUCAAUUGAAGAAUAUAAAAUUGCAAAUAUUAGACAGGAUGUUUCAAAACGAUGAAUUGACACAGAAAGUAUUCGAAAUUCAAACAGCAUUACACAAUAUACGACAAACAAUCAGAUUUCAAAUUUUCGGUUUAUAA